AUGUCUUUUUUAAAUAAAAGUUUUAUGUUGAAUUUUUUAAAUACCUUUCCAAAAAAAGGAAAAUUUCAACAUACUUAUAUAUUAACACCAAAAUUAAAUAAAUCUAAAUUACCUGAACGUAAAACAUUUAAACCAACCCUACAAGAUGGCAAAUAUAAGGUAACAGCUAGCCAAAAAGUUCCCGAACAUAUAAAAUGCCCAAGUUAUGCUAAAACAGGAAUUGUAGAAAAUUCGAAUAUUAAUUAUGAAAUUAAGGAUGAUAAAUAUAUAGAAAAGAUGAAAAAAGCUUGUAAACUAGCUUCUGAUUGUUUAAAGUUAUGUUUAGAAAAUUCAAAAGAAGGCAUAACGACAGAUAUUAUUGAUAAUAUGGCAUAUGAUUUUUAUAUAAAAAAUAAUGCAUAUCCUGGGGGUCUCAAUUUUCAUUCUUUUCCAAAAAGUAUAUGUGCAUCUCCAAACGAGG